AUGGACGCUGCCAUUGUGCGUCUACGUGGGUGCCUCGGAGAGCUUCUUUCAUAUUACCCACAUGUGCUGCGCAAUGUGUUCGAGCCAGAGCCCUCACUGCUUGGUGCACCCGAACCCUCCCAGCAGCAACUGCAAGACCCCUCGGCGGUAGCGGACAUCAUUGAGGGCUUCCUGACGGAGCUCACCAGAGUCCUCUCCAUUGGCAUCCGCGAUGACAACCUCGGGCUGUGGUCGGUACUAGAGCUACUGGAGUGCGUGCCAGACCGCAUGCAGGCUGUCGCCGAGGCGACCGCAGCAGCAACUCAGACGGCCGUCCUGGGCGAGGACAGAACGCGCGGGCCGCUACAAGAGCUCCAGCGGUUCCGCUUUGCGUCCCAGCUGGUCUACGUGGUCCGCUCUACUUUUCCCGCUGCCUCACACGCGCUGCGGACCAGAAUUCUUCUUCGCUUGACCCUCAAUCAAGGGUGUCUCCUGGCGGCUCUCGAGCUGCUUCGGGAGUGGUGCAGGCAAGAGCUUCUUGCGUUCUACGCCGCUAGUGACAGAGGUUGUAGCAACAGUGUGGUUGGCUCAGUGCCAUCUGAGGCCUUGUUGGUACAACCUGACAGCGGCAGCGACGUGUGGAAUUCCUUCGUUGCCGCCAUCGCCCCAGUGGCGGGUCCACCGGUCGCUGAAAUCGCAGCCGGCGCGCCGAAGCUGGCUGCCCAGCCCUUCCACCUGCAGCUUCUCGUCUCCGGGCUCGACGACAGCAGCGCGGCCUCACGUGCCUAUUACACACAGGUGCAGAGCUACGUGUACGGUCGUCGACCCACGCGGCCGUCCGCACUAGUGUGCUAUCGUGCUGCUCUUCAGCAGCAGUCUAACACAGUGAGGAAAGACGGCGACUCCGCUCGAUCCCCCUCCAAAAGCGAAGAUGCCGUGUUCUCUCCGCAGAUUUCCCCGCACCCUGCCGAGCAGUUCGCUCUGGGUGUGGAGUCGCUGCCGGUUGAUUGUCGAACCGCAUCAUACAAGGCAGCUGCUCCCGUGCCUAAGGGCAACAUGUCGUACGGCUCCUCCUCCACUUUGUCAUCACUUCUCAUCACGCAAGGGUCGUCAUCCUCCGUGCGUGACGGACGAGUCCGAGGCACGAAGAAGCGGCGACGAAGGCGUCCCUCGCUCCACACAACCGACUCGGAGGCAGCAGUGCAUGCUGAGGACGCAGCGGUACCGCCGAUGCUGUCGGCAGACAAAACUGGCAACAGCACCAGCGACAACACGUGUAGCAUCGAGGAGACGGCAGUGAAUUCGUCAACGGUGGUGGCAGACGUGAGGAAGUGCCAAGAUGCUCCAGAGGCGGUAGAGGAAGUAGCGGCCUCAUACAAGCAAGAUGACGUUCUUCAGAAGGCCGACCCGCAGGUAAUACCCGCCGCAGAUGAGACUGGGGUUACUGAAGCAGCAAGUAAGGCCCUCGAUACCGCCUCAAUCGACCUGCCUGCCGCCGCCUUCUCUAACUUGUCUCCCGCGCUGUGCGCGAGUAAGCUGCCGUUCAUGAAUCUCGAUUCCUCGUCUGCUCCCGCACCUUCUUCUGAGCUAACGGACCUCCGCCACAGUCUGUGGUUGUGCUGGUUUGCUGUCAUGACGCACGCUGAGUCGGUGGAGCGUUCACGUAUCACUCUGCAUGAUGUGGAUGCGAACACCUUGUAG